AUGAGUAAAUCUCGUUCAUUUACCGAUCAUCAAUUAAGAGAUGAACUUUCUCCAAGAGGUGCUAUUGAGCAAUUAAAUAUUCUUAGGCGAGUUUGCCAUAAAUUUACUCCAAAACGAGACAAGCAUAAUAAAGAUGAUAUAUGUAUAUGUGAACGACGGAAAGAAGAACAUGAAGAUUACGAAGAAUCGGAGGAUCGUUGGACUAUGAAUCAUAAUACUCGAGAAGUAAUUAGUUCUGAUUUUGAUAGAUUUCCACAUGGUGGAAUGUAUGUUCGAUUAGCUUUGGAUACACCUUUAGAAAAAGUUGAAAAAAUUCUUCUUGAUGCUUGGAAAAUUCACCAACCUUUAUUUAUUGCAACAAUUGUUGGCGGUGCAAAAUAUUUCAAAAUGAAUGAUAAACUUGAAACAAAUUUUAUAAAUGGUAUCGUUGAUAUAAUUAAUGCAUGGUUACUCUCAUCUGGAUAUAAUAUUGGCAUUGUUCAACUUGUUGGACACGCGAUUCACAAAUUUAAAUUAACUAAUUCCAAAAAAGCUAGUUUUACUGCUAUUGCUGUUUGUAAAUGGGGCUGUAUAAAAGACGUGGAAACAAUAACAAGUCAAGAUGAUCAAGAAACACAAAAGGAAACUACCAAUGUACCGAAUAGUAGUAAAAAUGAUGAAUUAGGAGAACGCCAACGAGGUCAAUGGGAUCUUGAAAUGAAUCACAGUCAUUAUCUCAUGUUAGAUGAUGGCAGUAUUCGUAACUAUGAAAUAGGAGAUUAUCGAACACGUCUAGUUACUCAUAUGGCAAGACUGAAUAAGGAACAUGAUAUUUUCGUACCCGUAGUUACGAUUGUGGUUGAAGGUGGUCAAGAUACUGUAAACAAUACAUAUUAUGAUUUAAGAGCAAAUAUUCCUGUUAUUAUAGUUGAUGGUACAGGUCGUGCUGCUGACUUUUUUACUCGUUGGUUAUUUUUGACAAAAGACUUAGAAAAUGAUGUUGAAAAUAAAGACAUUAUUUGUGAAAUUGAAGAAUUAGCAAGUUCAGCAGGAUCUCAAAAUAUAAAUCAAAAUGAUCAAGAAAAUGACAAAAGCAAACAAAUUGAUGAAUUAAUGAAUCGAAUUAUGUAUUGUCUACAACCAGCAAUUCGUUCUCGUUUAACUGUAUUUUCCUUAAAUUCAGGUGUUAAUUUAACAGAGACAAUUUUUCGAAGUAUUUGUCGCUCACGUCAAACAAUAGCAAAAAUGAAACUUUAUUCAAGCAAUAUUAAAGUUAAAACUAAACGAGAAGAUAUGCCAGAUGAUGAGAGACAUAAUAUGGAUGAGACAAUAGAUCGUCAUGAUAUUUUAAAAAAAGAACAAAAGAUAGAACGAAAAAGACUACUUACGUUAGCAAUGAAUUGGAAUUGUAUUCAUAUAGCAAAAGAAUUUAUUUUUCAAAAUUCAUUAGAUAAUAUAAUGAAUAAAAAACGAUUUUUUAUAGACGCUUUAAUAAACAAUUUACCAACAUUUGUCUAUGAAUUUCUUAAAUUAGGCAUUGAUCCAGCAGCUGAUGUAUUCUUUUCAAAAAGUGAAGUGUCAAAAAGAAGAUCUCGUUAUGCAUACUUUAUUGAAACUCUUUAUCAACCUCAUGUAAUGAAUAAAGCUAAAACUCAUUUAAAAGAUUUUAUCGACUCUGAUAGAUUUACAAGUGAUAAAUUCAUUAAUAAUAUUGAAAAACUAAAUGUGGUUCUUACUAAACUUAUUGGUGAUUAUAUGCGUGAUCUUUAUUUUGAAACAGAAGAAGCUGAACAUGAAGAUCGAGUAAAAUGGGGAUUGACACAAAAUUUUUCUGAAACAGAUCAAUAUGAACAUAAAGAUAUUGAAAAUAAUCAACUUAUAUCAGUUAUAUCGAAACAACAAAAACAAUAUGAUUAUAUAAUCCGUGAUUUAUUUUUAUGGGCUAUAUUAAUGAAUUAUGUUGAUAUGGCUAAAGUUUUUCUAUGCUAUCUAAAAUAUCGAAUAUGUCCAGCAUUGAUUGCAACAAAAAUUUUAAAACAAUAUUAUUUAGUAGCUAAUUAUGGAGACUUAAAAGAACGUUAUAUGGAAAGUGCAAACUACUUUGAACAAUAUGCUAUUGAUUGUCUAGAUAAAUGUGAUGAUUAUGAUGCAGCUCAAGCAUGUGAAAUUAUUUUACAACAAAAUGAACUUUAUGGAUAUGUUACUUGUCUUCAAGUUGCAGCUGAUGCUAAUGAUAAAUUAUUUAUUGCAACACCAUGUUGUGUGGAAGCUAUAAAUAAUAUAUGGUAUGAUAAACUUCAUCCAGAACAAACAAGUUUACGUAAUCGAUUCUAUUUAUUUUGUGCCAUUAUUUCACUUGGUCUUUUGGCUCCUCCUUUACUUGAAUAUCGAGUAAAAAAUAAGAAUUGGAAUGACAAAGGUUCUAAAGCACCAAAGUAAGUUAAUAAGGUUGUAAAUUGAUGCAAAACUGAUAAACAUAAGUACUUCUCAUUUAGAUUAAGAGAUCAUAGUAUCAACUAUAGUGAUUCGGUUCUACUUGAGGAUCAUCCUAAUUAUUCUAACCCGAAUCCAGAGGAGACACACGCUGUUUAUUUUCGUAAAUUACGAAGAUUUCAUGAAUCACUGCCAAUGAAAUUUACUUAUCAUGUAGUAUGUACACAUAUAAUGAUAAGAUACAUUGAAGAAUAUUAAUCAAUUGAUUUUAGAUAUCUUAUAUAUUUUUUCUAUUACUCUUCUCCUAUGUUCUUCUCUUCAAAUUUUCACCACCAUCGGAUAAAAUUCC